CGCACUCCGCAGCUGCUCUCCCGGUUGCUCGUUUGAUGAGGAAGCUGGCUUACGCCUGGAUGAUAGUGGCAUCACUCUCGCAGUCAUUCCGCCGGAACAUGGCUUCCUACGCUGCAGGUACCACGCGCUAUGCCGUUCGGCUAGUAGCGCCGGCGGAAGGGCCAGUGUUCGGCGUCGCCACGCGCAACGCGAAAGCUUCGGCUGUCAGCGCAUACGAGGUGUUGCAGGAGCCGGUCGGAGCGCCUUUUGACGGACUUCAGGUUUGCGUCUGGGUAGAUUCGAUGAUCGAAGGGAAAGACACGGCUUCCAGAUCAGGACCCUUUUGUUUCGAGGGACUGCAACAAGAGCUCCCCAUCAACGGCUUGGAAGUGGGGUCGCAUAGGUUAUCGGCAGCCGUCGUGGCCCCGACCCAGGACGGCCCAACGCAGCAGAUCUCGGAGGUCACCACGGCGCAGAUCAACGUGGUUCUGCAGGAAGAUUUCGCCCCAUCCUACAAGUGGCAGCAGGUCUACCCCUGGCAGAGCGUGCCGCCGGGGCUCGAAGUCCAGCUCCCCCUUGACGGCGUGGGGCAGAAACGGGCGCGCGUGCCGCCCUCCUGGAGGCUGCAGCUGUACGUCCCGGAGGAGAGCGGGGGCGGGUUCUUUGUGAGGACGGACUUGCGGGCGGGGAGCACGGUGCUCGAGCUUCGGCGAGAGAUAGCGCGGCAGCCGAGGUUCGGGGGGGGGGGCGUCGAGCGCGUGAGGCUUUCGCUAGGGGGGAGGGUGCUCGGGGACGAGGAGACGGCGGAGGGGUUGGACCUCUUCAACCGCCAGAGGGAGCUCGUCGCUUUGGUCGACCGGAGGCCAGGCACGCCGCCGCCGUGAGUUUUUCGUUUUGGAUCAUGCUGCCACCUCCUGGCAUCAUGCGGUUGGUCCUAGCCCGUUGUUGAUAAUGCGUUGUUGUUGGUGUCUGUCGUGAACGAGCGCGCGGUCUGUUUCUUUGGAAGUGGCCCAGUUGAGCAUAGACGGUGCUCUGUACUUCUCAUUCGCCGACAUGGGUGGUGGUGCUUCCGCACGUUGCGAAGGUGUGGCCCCGGAGACAACUCAGCCCUCACCAGGGCAUAUGUAUAGGUAAAUGUUGGGUCACGGCUGCAUUGUCAAUUGCUCUACUGGGGAGGAACUUGUGGUAGCACGGUGUGGAGGAACGUGGGGGAAUUGGGGGAUAGAUGUAAAAUCACCAAUAUUCCAAGAAUGCCGACGUGACUCUUCCGCUCGUGCUAUUUGUGAAGUUGUUCGGUUGCCUGCGUUGUGCUAGAACGAACGUGGGGCUUGAAGUAUGAUAGAAGUAUGUAUCAAUGCAUUUGGUUCGACCCCCACGAAGACUCUUGUGGUAUUUUUCAGUGUUUUUUUUGCCAGAGCAGUAAACAAUCUUGGUCGGUCCUUGACAGC